AUGAUUUCAACAAUCGGCACAACAACAAUUCAAACUACAGCACCAAACUCGUUAGUCAUGAAUCCAACAUCUAUGUUAGUAGAGAUGAAAAGCUUCAUUCCUUCUUCAUAUACUUUCGAAACAAAAAUCCAGAAGAUAAAGCAAGAACUUUUAACAAGUAAUUUAGACUGUAGUGCGAAAGAUGAAACAAAUGAACAGUAUCUUUAUGAAAUGCAGGACAUUAUUGACCAUUUACCCAAAUUGCCUGAAAUCCAACAACAAAAACUAACUAUUCCUGAAUUCGACGAAAUUGAAGUCAAAACAACUGACUCAGUAGAAAUAAAGAAGUUCAUACGUAAAGUAAAUUAUGAAUUCCUUGGUUUUCAUUGCAACCAUAAAGUUAUGGACAAAGAUUGCGACAUGGUUUAUAAGAAUGUUUCUGACAUAUAUAAAUCUGAAGAAUUUAAGACCUACGAUAACUUUGUUUCAUUAGUUGCUGAAUGUGUUUGGGAAAUAAGAGAUAAAGAUAGAAGAGGCAAAGUAUGGAACGAACAACUAAGACCCGCUAUGUUUGAGAUGAAGAGAGCAAUUGACGCCUUAGUUGUUUUAGCAGGUCAAAUUUCAAUGUAUAACGCAAAAAUGAACCCGCAAUGUUCAAAAUGUAAGGCAGCGAUGAGGAAAUAUAACUACUCCGUCAAAGAGAUAGAAAGAAUGAGAAACGACUAUGCAGAUUUAAAGAAAGAAGUAGAAAAGCCAGCAGAAGAUAAAAUGGACAUGUUAG